AUGGCGAACAGGCAAGGACGGAAGCUGCUUUUAAGCCCGGGAUGGGGAGAGCGUUUCCCGGGGUUCCCGAGUUCAAUUCCGCAGAGUUUGCUCUUUUCCGCCAACAUAACCGGAAUGUUUGCAGAGAUUGCGGCGUCGGGACAGAAAGAUGAGGACGCGGAAGCAAAUGCGGCGAUAGAGGCAGAGCUAAAUGAAGUCGAUAGGUCAGUUCACACCGAGACUGAUGAGUUCGGGCACUUUGAAGAUAUAUGGAAAGGCAUACAAACUGAGACUGCAGCUCGCAGACAACUGGUCAACGAAGAACUAAAUUUCGACGAUAUGAAUUUGGGCGAUUUCGGUGACUGGGAUCAUUUUGAUGGUGCUCUUAACACUCAUCCCAGAGACCCUAUGAUGGGCGACUACCUCUUCGAAGAAGAGAAUGCUUUCAAAUCAGUCAAUAACCCAUUCGAAGAAGGAGUACGAAUCAUGAGAGAAGGCGGCAACUUGUCUCUCGCGGCGCUUGCAUUCGAAGCUGCGGUGCAGAAGGAUCCUAAGCAUAUCGAAGCGUGGACGAUGCUAGGAUCCGCGCAGGCCCAGAAUGAAAAGGAAAGUCCCGCCAUCCGCGCAUUAGAACAAGCCCUGAAACUUGAUCCUAAUAACCUCGAUGCCCUCAUGGGCCUUGCCGUAUCGUAUACGAACGAAGGCUAUGACUCCACCGCGUACCGAGCCCUCGAGCGCUGGUUGUCAGUCAAAUAUCCCCAACUCGUAGACCCGAGCACUCUCUCAGGUGAUACCGACUUGAGCUUCACAGACCGACAUAUCUUACACGAACGAGUCACCGACCUCUUCAUUCAGGCCGCGCAGCUCUCUCCUCAGGGCGACCAGAUGGACCCUGAUGUCCAGGUCGGUCUAGGAGUCCUCUUCUAUGGCGCUGAGGAAUACAACAAAGCCGUUGACUGCUUCACUGCCGCGCUUGCGUCCACUGAAUCUGGAAUUUCCAACCAGAAGGACCAGAUACACCUACUUUGGAACCGCCUCGGGGCUACGCUCGCCAACUCCGGCCGGUCUGAGGAGGCAAUCGAAGCCUACGAGAAGGCCCUCACUAUAAACCCCAAUUUUGUUCGCGCUAGAUACAAUCUUGGCGUCUCAUGUAUUAAUAUUGGCUGCUACCCGGAAGCAGCACAGCAUCUGCUCGGGGCGCUGUCCAUGCACAAAGUCGUGGAGGACGAAGGGCGAGAACGUGCUAGAGAUAUUGUGGGCGAUGGCGUUGACGAGGCUCAGCUAGAGCACAUGAUUCACAUUUCUCAGAACCAGAGUACGAAUUUGUAUGAUACACUUCGACGUGUGUUUAGCCAGAUGGGCCGGCGAGAUCUAAGUGAUUUGGUUAGAUCCACUCAGUUGUCUAUGACACAGCUCUACCGCUGCUUGGCUUGUGUACUGCAACAAAAUAUGUACAAAGUUAUCCGUAUAUGGAAAACUUGUUUGGUGGAAUUUCUGUAUUUCUCUACAUGA